AUGGCUUAUUUGAGAGCAUUGGCCCUGACAUUGGUCGUCCUAUUACUAGCGGAAAUUUGCUGUGCUCCACUGAACAAGGAAGUUACAAGCCAGGGGAAGGAGGUUGAACGCGGUAUCGAAGCUUUGGACGAGCCCAUGGACCUAGCACUCACCUCAAGUGACGUCGAAAACUCUUCUAAGCGGGCCGGUUCUCACAUGAGCCGAGGCAAAAAUGACGAUCCUCUGGCCGUCAAGGAGGCCGGCAAGACUGAUCAGUCCAGCAAGCAGAUUGAAGCGACCAGUGGAAGCUCGGCGUACCAACAUCUUGUUGCUGUCGCACAGGAAAUCGAACUGGGAUUGAGAACUCAGCACGAUCAGAUUAAUUUGGAAAAAAGGCAGAUGGAUUGGUUGGGGUUGAUGGACAACGUCGCAUGGACUAGACAUAUGACCGACGAAGCCAUACCAUCACGUGUUGCCGAGAUGGACUCGAAAACCAGGAAAGAAAAUCUAUGGGAAUUGAACGUUUUUUCGAGCUUCUUGAGACUGUAUAUGGUCGUCAGACAUUAG